AUGGAGUUAUUGAAAAUGAAAUCAAAGAGUAAUUAUCUGUUGUUGGCUUUUCUGUGUGCAAUUGUUCUUGUUUUUUCUGCUACUGUGACGGCUGGAAGUUUGGAAAAUGAUGAGAGAAAGAGGGAUUUAGUUGGGAAAACAAAGGAAAUAGGUGGUGGAGGUGGAGGUGGAGGUAAGGACAGUUGGGGCGGAUUUGGGUUUGGAAGGGGAGGAAAGGGUGGUGGAGAGGGUGGUGGUUGUAUUGCAGGAUGGUGUGGUUAUGGAAGUGGAGGUAAAGGAGGGUUUAGUGGUGGUGGUGGCAAAGGAGGAUGGAGUGGUGGAGGUGGCGGUCAUGGAGGUGAUAAGGGAGGAUGGAAUGGCGGUGGUGGUGGUCACGGAGGAGGUGACAAAGGAAGAUGGAAUGGUGGAGGUGGCGGUUACGGAAGAGGUGACAAGGGAGGAUGGAGUGGUGGUGGAGGUGGUCAUGGAAGCGGCCAUGGAGGCGGUGAUAAGGGAGGAUGGAGUGGCGGUGGAGGUGGACAUGGAGGUGGUGACAAGGGAGGAUGGAGUGGUGGAGGUGGUGGUCAUGGAGGCAGUGACAAGGGAGGAUGGAGUGGCGGUGGAGGUGGUCAUGGAGGCGGUGACAAGGGAGGAUGGAGUGGUGGAGGUGGUGGCCAUGGAGGAGGUGACAAGGGAGGAUGGAGUGGCGGAGGUAGUGGUCAUGGAGGUGACAAGGGAGGAUGGAGUGGUGGCAGAGGGGGUCAUGGAAAAGGUGACAAGGGAGGAUGGAGUGGUGGAGGUGGUGGUGAUGGCGGAGGCAACAAGGGAGGAUGGAGUGGCGGAGGUGGAGGAAACGGAGGCAAAGAAGGUUCGGGAGGUAACUAA